AUGCUCGAUUCCAAACUUUCGCGCCUCACAUCCGGCUUCGGUAUAAGCGGCCUAGGUAGAGGCACCGUGCGAACCAGACGCUUCCUCUACGUACUCCUCGCCCUCACCACUCUCUACCUAACAAUCACUACUCUGCUAAACAGUAGUGGUAUCACGACUUCAUAUACAUACACAUACAACCCACAAUAUGGCAUCCUCGCGCCUCUGCCCUCCUCACCCCGCUACGCAUACGCCACGCUCCUCACCAGCGACGACGAAAGAUACUACACCGCAGUGCGAGUCCUCGCGUACCAACUCCUCGCCGACCCCGAAACCAAAACGCAAACGCGCACCAACCUCUCCAUCCCCAUCCCCUUCAUCGUAAUGGUCACCAGCGGGGUCCCCUCGCACCAACGCCGACAGCUCAUCCUCGACGGCGCGCAAGUCGCGCACGUGGAAGACGUGCCCUUGCCGUGGUGGAUCCGGCAGCGGCUGAGGAGGCCCUCGCGGUACGGCGACCAGUUUACGAAGCUGAGGGUUCUGCAGAUGCUGGAGUUUGAUAGGGUGUUGUAUCUGGAUGUUGAUACGCUGCUUAUGCGGUGCUUGGAUGGGAUUUUUGAGGACGAGGCGGCGAGGAGGCCGAUGGAGAGUUUGAUUCGGACGAGGACGAGGUCAAGGGGGAGGUUGAGUCUUGGUGGAGGAAAGGGGGAAUGGGAACCGGAAAGUAGGAGUGGCGGUGAGAGUGCUGUGAAGAUUUCCAAGGAGGAAUCCAUGGUGCCGGCGCAGUAUGUCUUUGCCGGGAGGUCGGACAACGGCCGGAGUAACGAUGGCUCUUCAGGUGGGGAGUACGACCAUCCGUUCCCGCCUAUCGAGAGGGAUAGUCUCAGCGGGGGGUUCUGGAUCGUCGCCCCAUCGAAUGAGUUGUUCGCAUACUACAUGUUUGUGAUGCAGAGUUCCACGCUGGGCGUCCUCCGACCGUUCGAUCCGCAGUUCAUGGAGCAGGCUAUGCUCAACUAUGUGCAUCGGCGGACUAGGGGCGGGAGCAUGCCGUGGGUGGCGCUGGAUUAUAGGUGGAGCGCGACGUUCCCGAAUGAGCGGGAUGUGGAGGGCGGAGUGGCGAGUAUGCAUGAUAAGUUUUGGGCGAAUGGGCCGGAGGUGUUGAAAGAGAGGUGGAGGAGGAAGAAGGAGGAGAUGGAGAGGCUUUGGCCUGUUGUAAAGGUGUAG